AUGAGUGAUGCUUUCUCUUCAAAAGAAGAGACUGGGAUCGCGCCUCUUACUAGCGAAAUGGGCCGGCCUUGCUUUAAGCCCAGUAUUCUGGCCAGCGGUACUUCAAGAAGGUUUUGUGGAGAUAAACAGCAGCAAGAGCUUGAUGUGGCAACACUUCUUAGGAGUGUGAACAGUGAAUUAGACAGUGUGGAUGAAGUGACUUUUGCAGCCUUCAUUCCACUCUCGGUAUGA